AUGGACGCGCUCGAAUGUCGUGAAGCUGCGCUUCGCAGCAAGGUGCUGGGGCUGGGGAGCACACCGCCUCCAGCCACUACACCGCUCGUGGAGCGGCUGCGUGGGCUGCAGGCGCAGCUGGACUCGCUCUCCGGCGCCGCCUCGGGUGCUGCCAAGCUGCGCGAGCUGUACCAGGAGCACGCCGACCAUCUCCAGUUGCAGUCCGCGAGUGCGUUUGCGCGCAGCAGCUCCCGUGCAGGUGACGAACUGAAGCGCGCGACCAUAUUGAGCUCCGCCGACCAAGUGCAGCGCGUUGCGGCGCAGCUGCAGCAACUUCAACAACUGAGCAGCGUGCUGGACCAGCUCCGCGCCCCGGACGCCGGCCACUCGACGCGCCUGACGCAGCUGGAGGCAGCGGGCGAGCUGCAGAGCGAGCGCGCCUUGGCGCUGCACGGCCGAGUGGAAAAGCUGCUGGCCACGUACCAGCAGAUGAUGCUCGUGCUGUCGGAGAAGUGCGUGGAGUACAACGCGCUGCUGGACCAGCUGCAGGUUUAA